AUGGUCAAAAGAAAUCACACCCCCAGUGCUGAAUUUGUUCUCUCGGGGUUCUCAGGGCAGGGGGAUGGCCAGGCUGUCCUCUUCAUGGUCUUCUUGGUGAUCUACGUGAUCCCUCUGCUGGGGAAUCUGGGGAUGCUCCUGUUAAUCAGGCUUCAUGCCCAGCUUCACACGCCCAACUUCUUCCUGAGCAGCCUGUCCUUCCUAGACGUCUGCUAUUCCUCCUCAAUCACUCCCAGACUGCUCUCGGAUCUCCUAGCAGAAAGGAAGGUCAUUUCUUACUCUGCGUGCCUCGCACAAUUUUAUUUCUAUGCCGUCUUUGCCACCGCCGAGUGCUACCUCUUGGCUGUGAUGGCGUACGACCGCUACGUGGCCUUCUGCAGCCCACUGCUCUAUGCCAUCUCCACAUCCAACAGAGUUUGUGCGCUGCUGGUAGCUGGCUCGUACCUGCGGUGGAUCGUGAAUGCCACUAUCCAUACGGGGUUUGCACUUCGGCUGUCCUUCUGUGGUCCCAACAUCAUCAACCACUUUUACUGUGAGGGGCCCCCGCUUUACGCCAUCUCUUGCACGGACCCCACCGUCAAUGAGAUUAUGAUGUUCGUUGUGGUUGGCUUCAACCUGUUUGUCACCAACCUGACCACCCUCAUCUCUUACACCUACAUCCUGGCCACCAUCCUGAGGACGCGCUCGGCCGCGGGCAAACACAAAGCCUUCUCCACGUGCGUGUCCUGCCUGACCGCUGUGACCCUCUUCUACGGAUCUGCUGCGUCCAUGUACUCAUGACCCAGCUCCAGGCACCCCCAGGACCUCGACAAAGUGGCAUCUCUGUUUUACACUGUGGUGACCCCCAUGCUGAACCCCCUCAUCUACAGCCUGAGGAACAAGGAGGUGAAGAAUGUGCUGGGGAGAGUGAUGGAGAGGAAACGUUCACCUGAAAAAUAG